CAUCGGGAUAAGUAGCCCCAGCCGGCCGCUCCCCUUGUCGUCGGUCCCUACCACUGGUCUCUCAUUCGGAUGGUUGCCGCUGGUGUGUGAUCUGUGAAUAGAGUCAUUCCUUCCUUUUCACUUUCCUUUCGCUUCUUGACCUGCCUGCUGGGCGGGCAUUCAUUCCUUUCUUGACCUUCGGUACCCGUUGAUCACACAUUCUCUUUCGUGUUCCCCGCCUUACACCAUGGUCUCUACUCUGCUUUCGCUACUCGCAUUGGGUGCCCUUGCUGGAGCGACUCCUUUCCGGGUUCGGGCCGUUGAUUCACUAAACGAAGAAGCCACCGCGGAGGCUCACCAACGCGAUGACGGCGCGACCCGUGCCUUUUCUGAUGUUCAGAUCAAGACAUCGGACGGAAAAUGUCUUUUUGUUGACAAGCUCUCCGGCGACUUCCGUGCCAACCUGACUCCCGUUCAGGUCGCCGACUGCGGGUCGACUGACGGGCAGGGCUGGGACGUUAUUACGGCAGGAAAACAUGUUAAAGGCGACAAUGUUAUGCUCAUUGUCAGCACUUUAACCCAGGCCUGCUUCAAUUUCGACCCCCGCCGGCCGGCGGGUAACCAGGUUUUGCUGUUUUCCUGUGGCGGCCGGGCUGGUGGUGAAGGAGAGGUGGCGGACUCGCAGCUUUUUGCCUUCGAUGGUGGCGCUGGCCCUCUUUCUCUUCAGCCCCAGAAUGAAGCGGGAUCUUGCCUCGUUGUCAAAGGCAAGGCUAUUGACAUCGCUGGGUGUACCGAUGGUGGUGCUGGUCAAUUCUUCACUUUCGGUGAUGCCGCAGGAGGGGGGGGCAACAACGGCGGCAACGGCAACGGCAACGGCGGCAACGACAACAACAACGACAACGGCAACGACAACGGCAACGAAAACGGCGGCAAUGGGGAGGAGUCAUCUUCGACCUGCACGAAGUCUACCCGCACAGUGACUGUUGCUCCAACCCAGACCGAGGGGAACGCGGGGGCCCAGACGACAACAGCUGCGCCUGCAGAAGGCGGUGGCGGCGGCGGCGAGGCCGGGGAUAUCCUUACGGUGAACCCCACGGAGCCGGUACCAGUGUCCGGGGCUGGCGGUACCUUGCAGCCGACAGCGGCGGCGGAGUCGCACCAACGAGACGAGACAGCCGAACGAGCUUUUAGCGGCGUGUCGAUCCGCGCUCCAAACGGGCAGUGUCUCUUCGUCGACCCGACAGCGGGCGAUUUCCGGCAGAACUUGAUCCCCGUUUCGCUGGUGGACUGCACUGGGUCCCCUAACGAGAAGUGGGAUCUCAUCACCGAGGGCGAGCACAACACGCCCAAUGCCGAUCAGCCUGCCGUUCUUGCUGUGAGCGCAUUGACCCAGGGCUGUAUCAGCUUCGAUGGGAGAAGGCAGGAAGGCGAUACCGUCACCCUGUUCUCGUGCGGCGGUCGCGCCGAUGGUGAUGGUGGAACGGAUGGCAACCAGCUGUUUCCCUUCAUCGGCCAGACCAGCUUUGCGUUUGCGCCUGUGAAGGAAAACGGCGGGAUUUGCAUCCUGCCUGGCAACGAUAGGCUUGAGUCAGGGCCGUGCCCUGAUGAUGGCUCUCAGUUAUUUUCCAUUUUUGAGUGAACGGAAUUCGGCAUUCACCCAUGCUGUUGGACCAUUUGCCCGAGUGUGAUGCUUGGUUUCAGGGGUUAGGGGGGGAUUGUGUUGGGUCUUGGGGCAGCUCUUGGCUCCCACAGUUGCAUUGUUCAAUCUUCCGACGCUGGUGUCGUACCGAGGGUCUUCCAUUCUUGUAGAAUUUCAUGGGGCAGAUGUACAUACAUACCUUUACCUGGAUUGUUUCACCGUUGCCACUCUACUUUGGUGAA